AGCCAUAAAGAGAGAGAGAAAGAGAGAGAGAGAGAGAGAGAGAGAGAGAUCUUACAUUUAAAGAGCUUGUAAACGUUACGAAAGAUCACAUUUUCCAAGAUUGUCAUUUUGGAAGAAGGUAUCAAGAGGACUGCAUUAAACGUAAAAAUCAUGGAUUUAUUAGGAUCUAUCUUGAAUUCCAUGGAUAAACCACCGACGAUGAGUGACAAGCAAAAGGCACUCAUAAAAAAACAGAAGGAGGAAUAUGAAAAACAAAAGAAGGUCGAGGCGGAAAAAUUGAAGAUUUUCCGGCGUCAGGUAGAAGAGAAAAUUAAUAAAUUCCUACAAGAUGACAAUGCAAAAGAAUAUAAAUUUCCUGCUAUGAGCAAAAUACAUAGAAGCAUUAUCUAUGAUGUGGCAGAAGUAGCGAGUAUUUUGGCGUACACUUUUGGUGAAGAAGAUGUUGAUCGAUAUAUCAUGAUCUUCAAGAGAGAAUAUGCACCUUCUGAAGAUCAAUUAUAUAUAUUACGUAGAGGUGAAGAGUGGAAUGAAGAAGUCGGUAAGAAGUUGAAGGAGGACAGAAAAAGGAAGGCAAAAGAAGCAGCAGAGUAUGCAAAGUCUAGGAAAAACAAAGAUAAAUUUGUACCUAAUAGUUACUACAAAGAUAAAUAUCAACAUUUGAUUGGCAAAGAGGCUGCAUUGGAAGCUGCCAGAAAAACAGAAGCCAAUAGCAGUUAUGGGUUUGUUCCUAGUGAAAAUAAGAAGGACCAGAGGAGUAUAGAACAAACCUUGGCUGACAUACGUGCCAAGAGGAGGAAAUUGGAAGCAAAUAACCAAACGAGCAGUUCCAGCGACAACAGUACAAAAUAGUGCUAUUGUAUAAAUAAUCUCAUAGGCGUACACAUGAAUUACCUAUGUGCAAUUCAUUGUAAAUAUCUAUUAGGUAUAUUACAACGUUAUUACAGACUGUAUUACUCGCACUGUUAGAGCAACGCCGUAUUUGUUCGUUCAAGUAUUCUACAAAGAUACGUCCUAGAAAAGUUCUACAAUGGUGUUACGACUAAUGUAUACCUGCAUUAGACGUGAGACGGAUUGCUUUCUGUUCCAUCUCAAUAUGAUAUUGUGUAUUUGCUACACCAAAGCGACUCUGUCAUAUAUGUACAAUAUAAUACAUUCUCACACAUA